CGAGCUCGGUGGCACACCCCACUCCAAGGGACUCCACCAACUCCCAGUCUCGGCGCGCCAGUUUCCCCUCCCCUUUCCGUUCGGCCGUUCCUUCCCGCGACCCGGGCCUCCCUCUCCCGCCACAGCCGCCGGUCCCGCCCCGGGAGCCGCCGCCCGCGCGCAAUGGCGCCGGACCCGUCCAGCGAGCACAUUGUGACGCCGAAGACGGCGGCCAAGGACGAGGCCUCCUGCUCCUUGCAGACGCCGCCGAAGGUCUCCCCCGACGAGAUGCGCGCAGUGGCGCGCAAGUUUGCCGACCAGCCUAUCCAGGAUACCGAGCCCGGCGUCUGGGCCGUCCUCACGGCCAUCUCCAAGAAGGCCCGCCUCCGGCCCCAGGGAAUUAACAUUCUUUUGAGUGCCGACGAGCAUUGCCUAGGACGCGCCGUUGAGGAGCGAUUUCAGAUUUGUGCUCCUCAAUCUGCUCCGCAGAUCAGUGGGAGGCAUUGCAAGAUUUAUAGGGACACUGUGUUGGGGGAGCUGAGCCGCCACGAGCCUGUCCCUGUUUUGCUCAAGGACACAAGCUCAAAUGGCACAUUCAUCAACUGGAGAAAGCUCAAGAAAAAUUCAUCUCCGGUCAAGCUUAAUCAUGGUGAUAUUAUAUCAUUUACAACACCUCCUCACGAUGAUGCUUCCUAUGCAUUUGUCUACCGUGAAGUUAACGCGGUCAGUUGUGUAGAGAAUGGAGGUACCAUUCAUAAAAGGAAGUCAGGGGAGUGUAGUUCCGGAAGCAAGAGGCUAAAGGGCCUUGGUAUUGGUUCUCCUGAUGGCCCUGUUUCACUAGAUGAUGUUCGGAGACUAGAAAAGUCUAAUGCUGAUCUCAGGGAACAACUUGAGGCACACGUUGUGACAAUUGAGACUUUGAGAACUGAAAGAAAAAUGGCUCAAGUCCAGCAUGAAAAGGAACUCAAGGAGUUGAGAGAAACUACAUUGAGUUCAUAUCUUGAUCAAACUAAAUCUCUUCAGCUAGCACUCGAGGAGAAGCAAAAACAACUAGAUUCACUUAGUACAUCAAAUACAGAGUUACAGAAUUCCAUAAAAGAUCUGGAUGAAAGGCUUAGUGCAUCUAAGCAAUCACGUGUCGAUGCUGAUGAGAUAAUUUUGAGCCAGAAAGCAGUUAUAUCUGAGCUUGAGGGACAGCUAAGUGAGGAGAGAAACUUAAGAAGAGAGGAGCGUGAUAAGGCUGCACAGGACUUAAAAUCUGCAUUGCAUAAAGUGCAAGCUGAGGCUCAAGAAGAAAUUAAGAGACAGGAAGAGUCUUACCUUAGACAACAAAGGGAACAGAAAGAAGUUAUUACCAAGCUUCAGGAAUCAGAAAAAGAAACUCGCUUGCUUGUGGAAAUGUUGAGGUCCAAACUGGAAGACGCUCGAGAGAACCUUGUAACAUCUGAUAAAAGGGUAAGAGAGCUGGAAGCACAACUUCAGGAUGAGCAGCUAGUAUCUGCUAACAACCGAAAGAGAUCAGAUAAUCUGGAGACUGAACUGAGAAAACUGAAGAAAGAACUUGAAAAUGAGAAGCAGGCUGCUCGGGAAGAAGCAUGGGCAAAGGUCUCAGCUCUUGAGCUUGAAAUAGCUGGAACAAUCAGAGAUUUAUCAAUUGAGAAACAGAGGUACCAAGGAGCUAGAGAACGAAUUAUUUUACGAGAGACUCAGCUGCGUUCUUUCUAUUCAACUACAGAAGAAAUCUCUGCUCUAUUUGCAAAACAGCAGGAACAGCUGAAAGCUAUGCAGAGAACUUUGGAGGAUGAAGAGAACUAUGAGAACACCUUAAUGAAUGUUGAUCUUAAUAAAGUGCCACUAGCAACUGUAGCCGCUGAUGAUGCCCGUUUGAAGCCAGUAGACUACUCGAGAAAUAUAAUGGAAGCCUCUGGUGCUUCAACAGAGAAUACCCAGGUAAGUGAACAUAGUUCCAGUGAUGAAGAUGCCAAGAUGACCAAGCAGCUGGAUGGUGGUUCUGGUGAAGGUGGAAGCACUCAAGGCCUAGAGUGCACUAGUCCAGAAAGGUCACCGGAGAGAUCCAGGUCCGAUUUUCAUGGUGAUCCUGUUGCUACAGCUCCUGAGAGGGAGGCAACUGAUACUGAGCAAAUUCCUGAGACAGAAAGCCAAGCUGGUAAUGUUUGCUGCGAUGAUCAGGAUUCAAACCUUCAAAGAUGUGACGAUAUGGGAGGAGAGACUAUACCGCUAGAAGAUGAACUGCAGCCGCAAGAAAAUGAGGAAACUACCCCAUUGCUCGAAGAUGGAGGGCAGCCACAAGCAAUUGAGGAGCCUGUUCUGAUCCCCAAAGAUCCUAUUGGUCACUGUUCUGAAGGAAAACAUGAGGAUGAAGGCUCCGAGAGCAAACGGGAGGACACCCAUGUUGGAACAAUUGGAACAACUGACCUGUUGACCUCAGAAGUUGCUGGCAGCUGGGCAGUGGAAACAGCUCCCUCUGUGAAUGGGGAGAAUGAAUCUCCUAGUAGCUUGGGAGACAUGGCUGCUGGCGAUGCUAUGGGGCAGGACAAUACUGACGGAGGAAGCAUGGCAGCUGAUGCUUUGCUAACUUUGGUGAACUCAGAUGGCCAAGCGGCUGGGAGUCAGAAUAAUGUCGACCAUGUCGUUUCCAAAAUAACUGAUCACCAUCGUGUUCUUAGUGCCAUGAUUGGAAUAGUCGACCCUGAUUUCCAGAAGCAAAUCUCGGGAAGUGGCAUUGGAAAUAACGAACCAAUGUCUGAUGCCGAGACAGAGGAAGGCAGCGAGGAAGAUGAUACAGAUGGUGAUAGUGGUGAGGCUAUGGUUGAGGAUUCUGUUGGAUAGGUUAGAAGGAAUUUACUUUCCUUGUAAAUAUCUCAACUUUUUAUUAGUGCACCUUUUGCCGUAUGAAUUUAUAUCAUGCUGUUGCAUUUAUGUAUUUUUUUCUGUUCAAUUUUCUGUUUCUGGUUUAUCUAUGUAUAUGUUGAUACAAACUGAAAUAUCUAACUGUUGAGUGUGCAUGUUUGACAUUGA